UAGGCAGGAGGACAAUGCUGGUGUUUGUGCAACGGCCCCUGAGCGGCGGCUGGCUCUCUCAGAUCGCUCUCGCUUGACUACCAUUGCUGCACACAUUGUUGGAGUGAAAGGAAAGUGGACAGCUUGAUCCUGCCUGUGGGAUGCACUGACAGAGUCCUUUGUAAAUGGUGGAUUUCAAAUGUGGUAAAAGAAUACCGACAGUGGGAGAGAGAUCAGGUCUCAGUGCUGUGAGGACCAGCAAAGCAGAAAGGCUGGCCAGGAGACACAGAUCCAACUUUAGUGGUCAUUGCCACAAAGGAAAAAGGGCGUCCACCCAUGCCGUACGAGGGAGAAGCAGGCAGUCCGCUGCUGCCACAGUGAAGAAGAGGUGAACUUCGUUGGCGCCGUGUUGGACACCGGUGGGCUGUGGUGAUAACUCGGGCUGUGUGCCGACGUGUGGGAGGGAAGAGGAGUAGGAGGAGGAGGAAGAGGAGGAGGAGGAGGAGGUGGGAGAGGGCAGUAGCGGGUCUGGGCCUGGAGCCCAACCAGAAGCAGGAUGGCAGAGAAGAAAGUAAGCAGCCUCCCGGCUAAGCUGAUUAAUGGGGGCGUGGCAGGGCUGGUUGGUGUGACAUGUGUGUUUCCUAUUGACCUAGCCAAGACCCGCCUACAGAACCAGCAGGGUGCCCAAGUCUACAAAGGAAUGUUGGAUUGCUUGGCAAAGACAGUACGCUCCGAAGGCUAUUUUGGAUGCUACAGAGGCGCAGCAGUGAAUCUCACUCUCGUCACACCAGAAAAAGCCAUUAAACUGGCUGCCAAUGACCUCUUCAGACAGAAGCUCUCCACGGAUGGGAAGCUGCCGCUGUGGGGGGAGGUCCUGGCAGGCUGCGGGGCAGGGACUUGUCAGGUGGUGGUCACCACUCCUAUGGAGAUGCUGAAGAUCCAGCUCCAGGAUGCAGGAAGGCUGGCUGCCCAGAGGCCUGUCCCGUCUCCAGCUCAGGCCGCGGCUCCUGGUCCGGCUCCGUCGUUGGUGGCCCCCCCGCCGGCCCAGCCAAACCCUCGACCUCGGGCCUCAGCCACCAGCAUCACCCUGGAGCUGCUGAGGACUCGCGGCCUGGCCGGCCUGUACAGGGGCGCAGGAGCCACUCUGCUGAGGGAUGUGCCCUUCUCUAUGAUCUACUUCCCGCUGUUUGCCAACCUGAAUGCGCUGGGUCGCAAAGGGACGGGUCUGGGUUGCCAGGGUGACGCGCAGGACCGGGCCCCGUUCCUGCAGUCCUUUGUGGCGGGCUGCACCGCUGGCUCAGUGGCAGCUGUGGCGGUUACACCCCUGGAUGUUAUAAAGACUCGCCUGCAGACCUUGCAGAAGGGUGAGGGAGAGGACUCAUACAGGGGGAUUAUUGACUGCACACGCCGCGUCAUGAGGCGAGAGGGCCCGUCAGCGUUCAUGAAGGGGGCGGCAUGCCGAGCUCUGGUCAUCGCUCCUCUUUUUGGCAUCGCACAGGGCGUCUACUUCCUCGGGAUAGGGGAGGCGGUGCUAGGGCUGCUGGGAUAGCGGUGCUUGGCGUUGGAGGUGGUGUUGUUGUUUGUUGUUGUCCCUGUACAGAUAAUUCGCUGCAUUACUCAGCAGUGAAUGCACAUAUAUAAAAGAGGAAGGCCCAAACUGAGAGAGCAGUGAAUAUGGAGAGAAACGAAGAGAAGGAAAGGUUACAAUCGACUAACCAAAGGGGGGAAAAAGAGUGAUGUGUGAUAUAAGGAGGCUCGAAUGACUAAUAUGUGGACCAACAGUUCACACUAAUCGUGUUUGUCUAGAUUUUUACAUGCUGUCAGCAGGGUUCCACAGGUUAAACAGGGUCCUGUGUGUGUGUCUGUGUGUGUGUCCCACCAUUUCUGGAUUAUCCCAGGCUGCUUGUCACAGGAUGUCCAGGCCUGUUCCUCUGACCUGAGAGAUGAAUCUGUCUGGUUGUUAAUGAGAGAGGGCUGCUGCAAGUUGUUUGCGAACACUGACAAAAUUGCCAAGCAAUCACAGCGUGUGUGCACCUGUCCUUCACUCCCCUGCAUGCGACAAAUCCCUCUUUAAAUCUUUUUUUUCUGAGGCUAAUUGUUUUGUGUAACCUUUGGCUUAAUGACGUGUCUGAGUCUGAGCUGACAGUUUGGCUAGAAAUUCAAAUGCCAAUCAUUUCUGUUUCAAUGCUGGAUGUCUUGGAUGGCUUGGCGUCGCCUGCCUCCCCAGAUGAGCUCUCUUCCUCCUCCAUCCGUGAGUUCUGAGUUUGUAAUCUUGGAUUUCUGCAGCGGAGUGUGAGGAGGUGCCGGCUGCCAGCGACUCUGAGGUCUUUUGUUAAUCUGCUGGUAAUGCUUUAAUCCUAGUCUCUGUGUACUGUUUAACCUAACAAACAGCUCUCUUCCUGCGCACAGGCCGCAGGUUCGACUGCCGGGCCACUCACUCGUGGCCUUGACUUCCUCUUCCCCACGGCUCGCAGGGGCUGAAACCAAACCCUUGACAAACCUACGGCUGCAUUUACUGCUUAGUUUAACUUUUUCUCUUCCUUUUCUUUUUUUUAAUGUUGCUUUGGAUGAAACAUGCGCACAAUAAUUAAAAAAUUGCAACUAAAGCCUUAUCUUUGCCGAUAGUCUCUAUCCCAAAAAACAUAAAAACGUGUGUGUUAAGUCUUCAGUCAGUUUGGUGAAUUUUAAGGUGUUCAUGAAGUGUUCUUUCCUGGUACUUGUGUCCAAUUUAGCUAGGACAGGGAUAAUUGAUAAGACCCAUGGAGGGAGUAUGGCACCUUGUCUUGCCAACUAUUUGCAUUCACUUAAGUCCACUGGGUGGCACUAAAAACAUUUUUUACAUUUUUAAUGCCAGACUCAUGAUGAUGAGAAUAGAGUACCUGGGCUGCUACAUUUUUUUUCCUCAUUGUAGAGCAAACAUAGCCUGAACAGAAUAAAUGGUUUGUUUACGAGCUGUAAAUAAAUAAAAAAAAAGUCUCAUACAUACAGA